UCUCCCUAAAGUAGAUACCAAAAUUUAGUGAGAUUGUGUGCUAUUAUAUGGCCUAUCUAUAUAAGCUUUAAUUCACUACAAGCAUGAAGAUAAAUUGUGGAAAAUCACUAAAUCAUGUACCUAAACAUUUCAACAAGGGUACUAUAAAAUAUCUGUUACUAGUAGUCAAUUGUCAUGCCUCCAAUUUACUAGUGAAAAGAGUUCUACCUUCGGGAGAAAAUAUUGUUGUUCGCGUAUCAUAACGUCGGGACUAGAAACAAAGAAAUAAACUAUAUAACAUGACGUUCAUAACAUAUAUAGAGUUUUUGAAUGAGGCAAACUUUUGAUAUAUUUUCUAUAGUACAAACACAUACCAUGAUGUCAAUGUGGAAAGUUUAUGUAGGAGAUGUCUGUAAAUCGCAUCGUUCAAAAUGUCGUGACGACUGGUCACGACUGGCGACGAGUUGUGUGAAUAUGACUUUUGCUGGACUUUUGUGGCAAAAUAUUUUCAUAAUUGUUGCACCAUUUCUUAUCGUCGCAAUGCAGUUUUUUAUAAUUUUGUGUAUUUACGUUGAAAUAUAGUCUUUGUCGUGUCUGAAAGAUGAAAACCGUCACACAAGACGAGUUACUGCAACUUCAACAGCAACCUCAGUUCAUCAGAAAUAUUUGUAUUCUUGCCCAUGUGGACCAUGGUAAGACCAGUCUUGCAGACGCUCUUGUUGCUAGCAAUGGGAUCAUAUCUAAUCGACUGGCUGGAAAGUUGCGAUAUUUGGACAGUCUUCCAGAAGAGCAACUCCGAGGGAUAACUAUGAAAUCCAGUGCCAUCUCUCUACUGUUUAGGGAUGACCAUGAUUCAUACUUGAUAAAUCUGAUUGACUCACCAGGACAUAUCGAUUUUUCAUCUGAGGUUUCAACCGCUGUUCGCUUGUGUGAUGGAGCUUUAGUUGUUGUUGAUGUUGUCGAAGGUGUUUGUCCGCAGACUCAUGCUGUUUUACGGCAAGCUUGGUUGGAGGGUAUUAAGCCAUGUCUUGUCCUCAACAAGAUGGACCGUCUUAUCACUGAGUUGAAACAAACACCACUUGAGGCAUUUAUGCAUUUACAAAAAAUUCUUGAACAGGUAAAUGCUGUUACUGGAACAUUGUUCUCCUCAGAUGUCAUGGAAAAGACAAGUUCAACUAAGACAACUGCAAAUGAUUGCUCAUCUCAACAAGAAAGCGGCGAGCUUGUGUUUGAUUGGAGUUCUGGACUGGAGGACGUUGACGAUUCUAUGCUGUAUUUUUCUCCAGAACAAGGAAAUGUUGUGUUUUCAUCUGCUGUAGAUGGUUGGGGCUUCAGAGUUGACGAUUUUGCUGAACUUUAUGCCAUCAAGAUGGGAGUCCGUUCUGACGUUCUCAUGAAGACGUUAUGGGGAGAUUUUUACUUACAAACAAAAACGAAGAGAAUAAUGAAAGGUGCCCAAGCCAAAGCAAAGAAACCGCUUUUCGUUCAGUUUAUAUUGAAUUAUAUAUGGGAAAUUUACGAAGCUGUUUGCGUACGGAGAGAUAAAGAACGCAUCGAAAAAAUUGUGAAUUCAUUGAAGCUAAGGAUUUCCGCGAGAGACUCGCGUCAAAGCGACCCAAAAACUCAUCUGAAGGCUAUCUUUCAUCAAUGGUUACCUUUAUCAAAGACACUUCUUCAAAUGGUCGUCAAUAAACUGCCAUCUCCGCUGAAGAUAAACACGGAAAGAGUGGAAAAGUUAAUGUGCGGUGGGUUGAGGACGUUUGAAUCCUUACCCGACGAAACGAAAUUAUUAAAACAAGCGUUCGUAAGAUGUAGUUCAGAAGACGGUGACCCUGUGAUUAUCUUUGUAAGUAAAAUGGUUGCUGUGGACGAGAAGGCUUUACCACAAAACAAACGAAGACCGUUGACGCAGAAAGAACUGGAGCAGAGGCGGGAAAAGGCAAGACAGAAACAUUCACAAAUGUUGUCAUCAAAAGAAAAUGAGGAACCUAGAUUUAACAAUCCAUCUACAAACACAGAAGCUGUUGCUCAAUGUAGUAGAAAGGGUUUAUGUGAUGAUAAUGCUGAUACGUCAGAUGUUGCCAUAGGUGAUACGAGUAACGAGAGGCCAGCGGACAUUACCGACAUUGAAACGAGAAAUGACGAAGCGGACCAGUUCAUUGCAUUUGCAAGAGUGUAUAGUGGUACCAUUACGAAGGGACAGAUAUUAUUUGUUUUGGGACCCAAACAUGAUCCGGCCUUCCUUGAUGGAAUACGCAGUGGCGAAGGGAAUAAUGACGUCAUCUCUAAUGUUGCAACCGCUGACAUGUUGAUGAGCAGUCGCAUUGAUGAUAAACAUUGUACAUCUUUUACCGUGAAGAAUCUUUAUUUGUUAAUGGGUCGAGAACUGGAGUCAUUGAAGUCAGUUCCCGCUGGUAACAUUUUGGGUAUCGGAGGUCUCGGGGAUAUUAUCCUUAAAUCUGCUACUAUAUCAAGUACCGUAGCCUGUCCACCGUUCACCGCUUUACCAUACGACAUCAAACCGAUUGUUCGCGUUGCUGUGGAACCUCUCCAUCCGGGGAACAUGUCCGCCUUACACCGUGGAAUGGGACUUUUGAAUCAAGCGGACCCUAUUGUGGAGGUUCUCGUUCAAGAGACUGGGGAGCACGUCUUGAUUGGCACUGGCGAAGUCCACAUUCAUCGAUGUAUUGAUGAUUUGAAACAGAGAUUCGCAAAUAUCGAAUUGAAGGUUUCAGAUCCCAUCAUACCAUUUCGAGAAACCAUUGUACCCCCUCCAACCGUUGAUAUGGUUAACGAAGUCAUACAAAAUGAAAGCUCUGUCCAGAUGGGAAAGACUUUUAAAGAAAAUAAAGAGGCUCUUGUUGAAGCUACCGUUGUCGAUGACAGAGAUGUCACAGCUGAUUGUGAGGUCACAGCGGACACGAAAAGUGGUGUGUUUCGUGCUCAGACUGGGAACAAGCGUUGUGUUAUCAACAUCCGGGCUUGUCCUUUACCGCAUGACGUCACACAGCUUCUCGAUGCUAAUGCCGGUCUUUUGAAGGACUUACAAUCAUUGAUGAAAACAGGAACGGGGAAAAUUAAGGAAAGUGUCCUGGAGAAGUUAAAGGAAUUUUAUAAAAAAUUAGAGCGCGCGUUCGAAAAGGCUGGUAACGAAUGGAAAAGCGCUAUGGAAAGGAUUUGGGCAUUUGGACCAAGACAUGUUGGCCCUAAUAUCUUGAUGAAUAAUAUUCCUGAUUAUCAAAGGCAUUCAAUCUGGAAAGAUAUAGUUAAGCAAGAUGGUUCGCCUGGUAGUUGUUAUCGCGAGUAUGACAACAGCGUUAUAAAUGGUUUCCAAUUAGCUACAUCAGCCGGGCCGCUUUGUGAAGAACCUUUAAUGGGAGUUUGUUUUGUUAUUGAAAAUAUGACGGUGGAUUAUAGUAUGGGAUUUGAAGUAAAGGAUGAGAGAGAGCAAAUAAUAAAAGAUGUUGAUUGUUCCAUGGGUAGCGUUGAAGAUAUUAUGUUACAAAGUCAAAAGACGAACGAAGUUAUAGAAAUAGAUCAGACCCAGUCAUCACCAAGGUUAAGUUUGGAUGUUAUUCCUCAACAUACAAACAAAGAUUUGAUUUCAGAAGAAGAUGAUCUUAUAAAAAGUAUAGAAUUUGAUAAACUGGCCAACACGUCUGGUGGAAAUUCACUUCAGUCGCGUCGAACCUUACAAGGCAUUCUCUCGGGACAGAUAAUUUCUGCUGUCAAAGACGGUUGUCGCCAGGCCUUUCAGUUACAGCCCGCUCGCCUGAUGGCGGCCAUGUACACCUGCAGCAUUCAAACGCCUGCAGAUGUGCUGGGCAGGAUGUACGGUGUGAUUUCAAAACGCGAAGGCCGUGUUCUCAGCGAGGAAAUGAAAGAAGGAUCUGAUAUUUUUAUUGUUGAAGCUGUUUUACCUGUAGCAGAGAGUUUUGGAUUUACGGAGGAGAUUAGAAAAAAGACGAGCGGUCUAGCUCGACCACUACUGCAUUUCACACAUUGGGAGGUCAUCGAUCUCGAUCCAUAUUGGGUUCCAACUACGGAGGAAGAGUAUGUACAUUUUGGUGAAAAAGCGGACAGCGAGAACCAAGCUAGAAAGUAUAUGAACCACGUGAGACGUCGGAAAGGAUUAUACGUCGAAGCAAAGACUGUGGAACACGCUGAGAAACAGAGAACAUUAAAGAAAUAAUAGAAAGGAUUUGAUUGAAGAGCAAAGAAGUUUCGAAAAGAAGAGAAUCGUGUCAUAUAAGAAAUAUUUUUCACAUACUAAAUGAAAGCUACAAACCUUGAGGCUCACGUGGUAGUUGUGGCAGCAUAUUUUUUAUCUCUGGAUGCACCAGACAAAGUUCACAAUGGCGUCGUUGUAUUUUUCUAAUAGUAAAAUUAUCAGACCACAA